AUGGCCGUCUCUCUUCUUGGGGGAGCGAAAAAGAAAAAACAGAUUGUUGCAGAUGGAGAGGAGUCCAUUGCAGCAACCGAACAGCAUUUGAAUUAUUUGGACCUUAGUAACAAUAAUUUCGAAGGCAGUCACAUACCCGAGUUCAUUGGUUCUCUCAGCAAUUUACGUCACAUCAACCUAUCUUAUGCUGGAUUUGGUGGAACAGUCCCCUCUCAACUUGGGAACCUUUCCAAGUUGCGGUCUCUUGACCUUAGUCCUUAUGGUGGUAUGAAUAGCUUGCGCUUAGGUUUCUGUCAGCUUCCUAAGAUUGUUGUGCCUUCAUACCUCAACUUUUCUACCUCUCUUGUUAUCCUUGAUCUCUCUGGAAAUGGUCUCACUUCUUCUAGUUUCAAUUGGUUGUUCAACUUUAGCAGUGCCCUCAUUGAGGUUGAUCUCUCUAAUAACCGCUUACAAGGUGUGAUUCCCUAUGCUUUUGGGAACAUGAUUUCCCUUGCACACCUUGAUCUCUCUUCCAAUCAGCUUGAAGGUGGAAUUCCGAAAUCUUUUAGUAAUUUAAGCAGAUUCUAUAUUUCAACAAACUAA